CUCUCUUGUUUCACUGUGCAGGACAGACAACAGAGAAGAGAGGGACAUCAUGUGUAAACAAACGCUGGUGGUGAUGUGACAUGAAGGAAGUGAUGACUGUCUCAAGUGGAGAAGAGAAGACAAUCGGGGAACUUGUACACGUUGGCCUGUACUGAGCCACAGUCACCGACGCAGCCACAGCCGCAGUGUUGUAUCUCGGGCAACGCUUCUUUCCUAAACGGUGAGGGCUGUCCCAAGGUCAAAAGGUCAAGGUGUGGGCUGUCCCAAGGUCAAAAGGUCAUGGUGUGGGCUGUCCCAAGGUCAAAGGGUCAAGGUGUGGCCAUGACGUUCUUCCACCGACAGAACUACUGGCUCCUCAACGUUGUGUGUCGUGCGGUGUUCGUCGUGUUCACCAUCCUGACCUUCUGGGUGGGGUUCUCGCUGACCCUCCCGGAGUACUGCGGCCGCGACACCGACUGUCUGUACCAAGCCAAGCUGCUGGCCUGGUAUCUGCUCCUCAACAUGGUGGCUAACUACGUCUGUAUCGGCUACAAGGCUCGCUUCUCCAUCGUCACGGAAAAUCUUCUCAGUCCGGCACACAGCGGGAGAUCCUUGUUGUUGAGCCCUCCCCCGGCGGACGUAUUGUCCUCCUCUCUCAUAGUACAUGGCCAAGGUCACGACAACAACAACCGUCCAUCGGUCAAUGGCUCACAGAAACACGUCGGGUCGGUGAAUAACGGGGAUUGCCAGCACGCCGGUUCCUCACACUACGAUGGUGGGUUCAACAAGAGAACAGCUCACGGGGUGCUGGACGGCUCUUACUUCCGCUACAAUUCUACUGGGUUGGUCACGUCCCCUAGUGUGUCGCCAGCGCCUCUGAUGGCUGGCUGGGUGGCGUGCCGCGACUGUCGUCUGGCCGCGCCCCCGAGAGCCAAGCACUGCCCGCUGUGCCGAGCCUGUGUCCUGAAGAGAGACCACCACUGUUUCUUCGCCGGCUGCUGUAUCGGGUUCCACAACCAAGGUCACUUCACCAUCUUCUGCCUGCAGUGUGCGCUGGGCGCUCUGUACAGCCUGGUGGUCCUCUCCUCCUACCUCCAGCUGCACUACCCGGCCCUCCACACGUGGGGAUACCUCGCCUACUUCCUGCCCGUUGUCCUGGCCGCCUGGCUCUACGGCUCUCUCAGCGCCUCGCUCGCCGGGCUCAUCGUCUUCUUCCUCUGGAGUUUCUUCAUCUUUGGGGUCUGCUCCUUCUACUUUCUCUUCCAGAUGUUCCUCAUUUCUCGGGGUCAGACGAACUAUGAGUUUCUGAAAGGGAUCAAAAGGUACAGAGGAAGUGUGUGGAAAAACAUACAGUCUGUCUUUGGGAUCUUUUGGCCUCUGAACUUUCUCCUUCCUAUCCCCUGUUGGGGGUACGUGGAUAACGGAAUAUCCUGGGAGCAUAUGAGUUGUGAUCCCAAAAUCUUCUGAUGAUACAUACGUACAUAUAUAUAUAUACAGUCAAACCUGUGUAAGACGGCCACCCAUUGUCAAGGAGAAA